AUGGAACUAGGAGUCUCAGUGCCCGUUGACUUUGAGAUAGCUGAAUCAGAAGGUCAAAAUUACCAGAGGUUAGCGAAGACCUCCAUAUCUCAGUUCGGUUACGCUAAGGACCACGCUUCUGUCCAAAUCAACAUUGCCAACGUUGAUGAGGAAGGAAGAGCUAUCCCAGGCUCCAACACCACCUACGCUUUGUGUGGAUACAUCAGAGGAAGAGGCGAGGCUGACGACUCUUUGAACAGACUCGCUCAACAGGAUGGUUUGCUCAAGAACGUUUGGUCUUACUCUCGUUAA